CUGGUAAACAGAGUGCUGGUCGAAUGUUCCUGCCCGUCUGAAGGCUACAUUCUCAGCCCACCUACUACAGGAGAACUCUCCUCCCACCUGCAGAUAAAAGCCAAGUGAAUGUUACCGGGAGCUGAUCAGAGCACUUUCCCAGUCCCUCACUGUCACAUGUCUGCAUCACACCUUUCACUUGGAUCUUGCAUCACUAAGCCUAGACCUGAGCCAUCACUUAUACACAUUGCAGGUUUGCAUCAUAAGCCCGUCAAGAUAUAUGAUCCUUCAACCAAAGAAAUUGUGAAUCUCACUGCAGUCGGUGAAUAAUGAUAUGUUUGUAUUUGACUCUGAUCAUCCCUUGAAAAGGUGCUUACUGGCAACAGACAUUUCUAUCUACAUUUAUGAGAGAUCUUCUUCAGCCCCUUGAAGCUUAAAUGAUAUGGCGCUUCCACACAGUCCUGUUCAAAGACUUCUAUUGUUACCAGUCAUACUCCUUAGUCUGCUGGGUUCUGGCAAUGGAGGCGCCUAUUAUGGAAUGAAACCAUUACCUCCUCAGAUUCCACAAUACCAGCCUAUGGGACAGCAAAUGCAUCAUAUGCCAAUGGGAAAAGAUGGCACACCAAUGGGGCACAUCGGAAAGGAGAAGGCACACAUGCCACAUUAUGGAAAAGAUAUACCACAGAUGCCAAUGUUUGGUAAAGAUAUGAAGGCGAGAAAAGAUGGAAAAGAACUUCCAUUAUCUGCACGAAGAGGUGAUCAAGGCCCACCUGGUGGACAAGGACCAAGAGGCCCCCCAGGCCCCCCUGGACCACCAGGGCAAGGACUGCCAGGACCUAAAGGAAAUCCCGGUCCAGCUGGUCCACCAGGAUAUCCCGGAAUUGGCAAGCCAGGAAUGCCAGGCAUGCCAGGAAAACCAGGAGGUAUUGGAAUACCAGGCCCAAAAGGAGAUCAUGGUCCAAAAGGAGAAUGUGGACAAAAUGGACAGCCAGGGUCCCAGGGGGCACCUGGGCCUGCUGGACUAGCUGGUAUUGGAAAACCAGGUGAACCAGGUUUACCAGGACUUCCAGGACCAAAAGGGGAACCUGGAUUUAAAGGACCAUCAGGAUAUCCCGGAAUUGCAGGUCCAAAAGGAGAAAAAGGAAUCGGUAUACCAGGAUUACCUGGGCUUAAAGGUCCUCCAGGAUUACAAGGACCACCAGGACAAUCUGGCUUACCUGGUAUUGGUAAACCUGGUAUGAAUGGCUUCCCCGGACAAAAGGGUCAUCCUGGUAAUCCUGGAUUGCAAGGACAACCCGGACCAGAAGGACCUGCUGGACCACCUGGGCUUCAGGGUCCACCAGGACUUCCAGGUGUUGGAAAACCAGGCCAAGAUGGUUUUCCCGGUGAAAUUGGAUUACCCGGAGGCAAAGGUGAUCAAGGACUUCCUGGUUUACCUGGAGCUCCAGGUCUUCCAGGAAUAGGUAAACCAGGUUUUCCUGGACUUAAAGGAGAUCGUGGUUUCAGUGGACCACCAGGCCCCAUUGGACCAAAAGGUGAGAAAGGUCAUAUAGGUGAACCAGGCAUAGGAGGCCAACCAGGGGAGCCAGGUCCACCAGGUUUGCCAGGACCUAUGGGACCUCCAGGUGUUGCUGGAUUUCCAGGACCCAAAGGAAAUCCUGGUAAUGGAGGGGCCGAGGGACCACAGGGAACAAAAGGUGAGCCAGGAAUUCAAGGUCUUCCAGGUAAAGAAGGAUUUCCAGGUGAAGUAGGGCCUCAGGGUUUGAGAGGUUUUCCUGGACCAAUUGGUCCUAAAGGAGAAGUUGGACACAAAGGUUUAACUGGACCACCUGGUGCACCUGGAUUGCCUGGGCCAAAAGGAGAAGUUGGAUUUCCUGGUGAACAAGGUGUGCAAGGACCAUCUGGAAUACCCGGUCUUGCAGGACCAAGUGGUCCUAUUGGUCCCCCUGGACUUCCAGGGCCAAAGGGCGACCAAGGGUUACCAGGGGCACCUGGUCUACCUGGUGUUGGCAAAGUUGGUUUGCCAGGACCACAAGGUCCAAUAGGGCCUCCUGGAACAAUAGGACCCACUGGACAGCGUGGCUUACCUGGUCCUCCUGGUCCACCUGGUGCACCUGGACUUCCAGCAGAAAUCCCACCGACACCACCCGGGAUGGGACAGUACCUACCAAAUAUUGGACCUGCAAUUGAUGGAGUAAAAACCUCAAAUGGUUACACAGGAAAGAAAGGAGGUACAGUUCCAGUUCUUGAGAUGCCAGCCUUUACAGCUGAACUAACCACUGCCUUUCCACCAGUAGGAGAACCCAUAAAGUUUGAAAGAUUACUGUAUAAUGGCAGACAAGGUUACAACCCGCUCACAGGCAUAUUCACUUGUGAAAUUCCUGGAAUCUACUACUUUUCCUACCAUGUCCAUUGUAAAGGUGCAAAUGUUUGGGUUGCAUUGUAUAAGAAUACCGAACCAUUGAUGUACACGUAUGACGAGUAUAAAAAGGGCUACCUGGACCAAGCUUCAGGAAGUGCAGUGGUCCCACUGAUGCCCGGAGACAAAGUAUAUAUUCAAAUGCCAUCAGAUCAAGCAUCUGGACUCUACGCUGGGCAAUAUGUCCACUCAUCAUUCUCUGGAUAUUUAUUGUAUCCAAUGUGAACAAAAUUUAGUAGAAACUCUUAAAUUAAAAUUGCUUGUACGUUUUUUUUAUAUUGGUAAUAACUGCCUUAAAACACUGCUACCAGUGGCAAAACGUUGCUAAAUGGUAUGUUUCUGGCCUGAAGGCAAUGUUGACUGAUUGGACCAUCCUUUACCACAGCUAAAUCUUUUAUUGUACUAUGCACAUUAUAUACAGAGCGAAGACUUUAUUUACAUUGAAUUAAGGUCUGGUGAUACCCUCUAUGGAAUAAGUGUCCUGGCACAUAUUGCACAUACAGAUCAAAGUAUUAACGCUGAAAUAAUUUCAACUACAUUAUAAUUAUUUGAAAUUAAUAUAUUUUAUUGCAUAGUUUACAGUUAGAUUUCUGAAAAGAAAAAAAAAAGAAAAAAACAGAUCUGUGUGUAUUCAAAUGUAGUGCCCAUAUCUGACCACCUUGGUAAGGUGUAGAAAAUCCUGGUUAAUAUGUUUUAGUAUGGGGUAGAGAAUGCACUGAUAUUUCUAUUAGAACUCCAACAAUAACCUUGAAGGGGUUCUUUCCACAAACAGCUCUUGUCAAUGGGUUGUGUCUGGCAUUGCAGCUUAUCAUUCAAAGAAAUGAGGCUGAGCUGCAAUACCACACACGACCUGUGGACAGGAGUGGCAGAUCCUUUCUAUAAAUAUCUUCACUUGUCUGUAUUUCAUGAUAUACACAUAUGAUAUACACAUAUAUAAUUGGGAAAGUGAUGGUUAUGGUAGGCAAGUAAUCUAUGACUUCUAAACAGUGUAUUGUCAGAAUGUAUCCUGUAUAUGGGGUGCUGAUUUUAUUUUUUGUAGUGAAAACAAAGCUCCAGAAUAUAAAUUUCUCUGUAUUUCCCCACGCAAUGUGGCUUGCCAGAAAAUUUGAUGUUUUUGUACUUUUUUUUAUGCCAAAGCACAAAAUAAAUUUAAAGGCACCAAUAUAUCUACUUUAAGCCACACGAUAUAAUUUCUUGUAUAUAUAGGAAUCCCUAACCUCACUAUCUGGUGCUCUUUGAGCUUGUCUUAAUUUGACUGUGAGAGUCCUGAAGUCUUUGCACCAGAUUUACUGCACACCUGCAGGUUUAGUAUUAGUUUUGUGGAUUUAUUUAAAUAUGGCUUUUGAUCCCCAGGCUUAUGUCCACCUUUGUGAUAAUUUUAUUGUUCCACUGUAUCAAAAAUGAGAUGGACAACUUUGCAGCUAGUCCUUAUGAAAAGCUUCCUCUUCAUUUGUGUCUGCAACCUUUAUGCAGACCUAUGUACAUCCUUGUCAACAGACUACAAACAAACCCUGUGUAUUCUUAUCUUGCAGCCAUAGGCUACAUGCACACGAUCCCCAAAAUACGCAUUGCGUCCGUGUGCGUUCCGCAACUUGCGGAACGGCACGAACAGCC